AUCUCCGUUUCAAGACGGCCUACUACAGAUUCCAUUCUAUUUGCGUCGCGGCCAAGGAUGCUGAUGCACAACGCCGUCACGAGGUCCUAUUGAACUGAGAAUGCUCUGAAGCCUCUGAUGGCUGUUCCACUCUCGGUUCUUCACAUCCUGCGAGCGUAUUGGGAUCAGGACCGGCAUACGGCCGUCGAAUGCAAGGAUGUUCGUUGGGCUUGUGUGGGCCUCACAUACGGCUUCUUGUCUCUCGGAUCUUUCGCUAGCAAGCAACCCUCAGUCCGCAUCCGAGAUAUUCGUGCAUACGGCGGAACAGGACGCUCUCAGUACACGGUCAAAAGAGCGAGGCCAGGCAGUCUGAAUCCUUCGCCUCGCCCUAGGAUCAUGCACCGCACGUGCAUCAUCGAACAUUUCAUAUCCGCUACUAUCAUCAUUCGGCAUAUAGUGGAGCUUCGAGGAUCUGAUCACAACGUGACACACACAAGCCAACAGUACCUUCUAUCGUCGGGGCGGAGCAUCAACACUGUGGGUCGCUGGCGCUGGAACGCAGACAGGAACAGCUCAUCACGAUCUGAAGGCUUCGAGGUGGCUUAAGCACUCCACUGCACCGCAUUGUCAUUCUGGCUGCCAGCGGCUGCACGGCCCUGGCCCUCCCAAUCACGCCGUCCAACCAACUCAUAGCACGAGCCUUCACCAAGCAGCCCGACGACCCCAGCAUGACCCCCGUGAACGUCAAAGACCUCGCCAAAGACGCCACCAUGACCUGCGGAAGCACGACCUUCAGCUGGAAAGACAUCCUGCAGACCAUUUCAUGGGGCGAGAUUCUGGAGCGGGAGAACCUAGGCCGCGGUGCGAAGUCUGACCUGUGGCCAACCGGACGCUUCCCUCACUCGAACGAUGAGGCGCGACACGUCUUCAACGGCAACUGUCCGGCUGACGGGAAUCGCAUGACUUAUCCAUUGAUCAAGGAUGGUCCGUAUAAUGGGGGCCCGCGCAACAAGAAGUGGGGCGACCAC